AGUUUUUUUUUUGUUUGUAGCCAGCCUUGCUCCUUUUAACGGCAAUGGCUUCCUCACUCUCUGCUUUGCCUCUCGCUUUUCGCAGAAACUCUUCUUCUUCUCACUUUUCGUCUUCCAAUUUCGUUCUGAGAGCAAGAGCCGCUGCAAAAGAGGUUCACUUUAACCGUGAUGGCUCUGUCACCAAGAAGCUUCAGGCAGGUGCAGAUAUGGUGGCAAAGCUAUUGGGAGUGACUUUGGGUCCAAAGGGACGAAACGUGGUGUUGCAGAACAAGUACGGACCUCCUAGGAUCGUCAAUGACGGUGAAACUGUUCUCAAAGAGAUUGAAUUGGAGGACCCGUUAGAGAAUGUUGGAGUGAAACUUGUGAGGCAAGCGGGUGCUAAGACUAAUGACCUUGCCGGUGAUGGUUCAACUACAUCUAUAGUGCUUGCUCAUGGCCUUAUUACUGAAGGUAUUAAGGUGGUUUCUGCUGGAACAAAUCCCAUUCAAGUUGCUCGUGGUAUUGAAAAAACCGCAAAAGCUCUUGUUUUAGAGCUUAAGUCAAUGUCCAGAGAGAUUGAGGAUCAUGAGCUUGCUGAUGUUGCAGCAGUUAGUGCGGGGAAUGACUACGAAGUAGGAAACAUGAUUGCUGAUGCUCUUCAACAAGUAGGAAGGGUUGGUGUAGUAACAAUAGAGAAAGGAAAAUACCUGGUGAACAAUCUUCAGAUUGUGGAAGGAAUGCAGUUUAAUCGUGGUUAUUUGUCCCCUUACUUUGUCACUGAUCGAAGGAAGAGGGAAGUUGAAUUCCAUGAUUGCAAGCUGCUCUUGGUGGACAAGAAAAUAACAGACCCGAAAGAGAUGUUCAAGAUAUUGGAUUCUGCCGUUAAAGAGGACUAUCCAGUUCUUAUAGUUGCCGAGGAGAUCGAGCAAGACGCUCUUGCUCCUGUAAUUAGGAACAAACUGAAAGGUAACCUCAAGGCAGCAGCCAUCAAAGCUCCCGCCUUUGGUGAGCGCAAGAGCCAUUGCUUGGAUGAUCUUGCAAUCUUAACUGGAGCUACCGUGAUCAGAGAUGAGAUGGGCCUGAGCUUAGAGAAGGCUGGCAAAGAGGUCUUAGGAACAGCAAAAAGGAUUCUUGUAACCAAGGAUUCAACACUGAUUGUUACUAAUGGGAACACCCAGAAAGCAGUUGAGGAACGGGUUUCUCAGAUUAAAAAACUUGUUCAGAACACCGAGGAAAGGUUUCAGAAGAAGAUCCUCAAUGAAAGAAUAGCCAGAUUAUCCGGUGGAAUUGCAAUUAUCCAGGUAGGUGCACAGACGCAAGUUGAGUUGAAGGAUAAACAGCUAAAGGUUGAAGAUGCCCUGAAUGCAACCAAGUCAGCAAUUGAAGAAGGGAUCGUAGUUGGUGGUGGUUGUGCCCUCUUAAGACUGGCUUCAAAAGUGGACAGCAUCAAAGACACCCUUGACAACACAGAACAGAAGAUGGGAGCUGAAAUAUUCAGAAAAGCAUUAAGCUACCCUAUAAGACUUAUAGCCAAAAACGCAGGCACAAAUGGGAACAUCGUCAUAGAAAAGGUCUUAUUGAACGAAAACAUGAUGUACGGUUACAAUGCUGCAAAGAAUCGAUACGAAGAUCUGAUGUUGGCUGGUAUUAUCGAUCCAACUAAGGUUGUGAGAUGUUGCUUGGAACACGCUGCAUCAGUGGCUAAAACGUUUCUGACAUCAGAUGCUGUUGUAGUUGAGAUCAAAGAAAUCAAACCAAGACCCAUCAUCAAUCCACCAAUGCCUACUUCUCCAGUUACCUCCUCCAUGUUCCCUGACACGAAACUGCCAAGAUUUCCUCAAAUUAUGCCCAGAACUCGAAGACACUUUCCAAGGAAGUAGGAAGCAGUCGUUGAAAAGCUGUCUACUUUAGACAAUACAUAACGACCAGAUAACAUGAGAAAGUCAAAUUUAAUGUAAUCUGGACACUUUACUAAAUGUGUAUGUAUCUAUAUAUAUCUGUAUACACGAGGAUUUCUGAAAUUGCGCUAAAUGUCAUAAGCUCUGGUCAUCUCGUAAACGUGUCAAAGCUAGGCUUCUUCUUCUUCGAAUCAUUUGCAAUUAUAUCCCCAAACACGAAAUCAUAUCGUAGCUGAGAAAUCUUCAAGAGGAUGAUGGGAAUAAGCGUGCAGACGGCGUUGGAUCUAAUCGUCGCCGGAAUCUCUCUAAUGAUCGGGUUAGGGUUCUUCGCUCUCAUCGCUUCCAUCCUCUGCUCCGUCGCCUUCUUCCACCAUGCCAAAGCUACUUCUUGAACAUCAAAUCAAUACAGAGAUUUGAAGAUUGACGAAGAACAAGAACCAGGCAUCUCAUCAGCAAAUCGACAAUUAGCUCAGCUUAUACAACAAGUGUAGUUACAUGAGACAUUGUAACAUAAUCUGUGAACUUAAGAAAGAAAGAUCAUAAUUUGAAUUUACGGGAAGAACAAAAAAACUAGCUUUCA